GCAGGCGGGCUUUCCAGCUGACAGACAUGUGGCUUCAGUUCCGGCACGCCUGGGACGAGGCCCUGGUGGACCAAGUUUCUGCACUGCCGGAGGCCAGUGGCAUCCAUGAACUUUUCCGACCUUCGUGCUUUCGCGAGGUGCAGCAGUGUUAUCUCGACCUCUACAAGCAUCUCGACAACUUCAUCAGCUUUCUUUCUAUGGUGACUCAUUACCGCCGGCUGGCAAACAUUGCCGGCGACGCGGGAAUGUGCUCCCCCUUCGCCAUAACAAUCCUACAGUGA